UCCCACACAAUUUAGUUUACCAGACUCAAUACAAAGCUAUCUAAGUAUCACCAUCUUCAUCCUGCAGCUCCUCAUCAAAAUGAAGUGUUUUUCUCUCUUGUUAUUUGCAUUUUGGUCUAUAUAUAUCCACCUGUUUUCUCUCUUUUCAUUGAACUCACUAUGGUUUAUCUCAAACAUAACUGUUUUUGCAUCAGGAAAUGAGAUUGAUCAUUUGGCACUGAUAAAUUUCAAGAAAUUCAUAUCUACUGAUCCAUAUGGAAUCUUGUUCUCUUGGAAUACUUCUACUCAUUUUUGUAAUUGGCAUGGAAUCACAUGCAAUCUCAUGCUCCAAAGAGUUACAGAGUUAAACUUGCAAGGAUACAAGUUGAAGGGAUCCAUAUCUCCGCACGUAGGCAAUCUCUCUUACAUGACAAACUUCAACCUUGAAGGCAACAACUUCUACGAGAAAAUCCCAAAAGAAUUGGGACGGUUGUCACGAUUACAGAAACUCUCUAUCGAAAACAACUCAUUGGGAGGGGAAAUUCCUACAAACUUGACAGGUUGUACUCAUCUCAAACUCUUGAACUUAGGUGGGAACAAUUUGACUGGCAAAAUACCGAUCGAAAUUGGCUCACUUCAGAAGCUUACAUAUUUGAGCCUUUAUAUGAAUCAAUUAACUGGAGGAAUCCCAUCAUUCAUAGGGAAUCUUUCAUCCUUAAUUGUUUUCUCAGUGGAUACUAACAACUUAGAGGGAGAUAUUCCGCAGGAAAUAUGCCAUCUCAAAAACUUGACAGAGGUAGAAUUGGGUAUCAACAAACUGAGUGGGACAUUGCCUUCAUGUCUUUAUAAUAUGUCAUCUCUCACUACAAUCUCAGCUUCAGUAAAUCAACUUAGAGGCUCUCUUCCACCCAACAUGUUCCACACCCUUCCCAAUCUCCAAGAACUUUAUAUUGGUGGCAAUCAUAUCUCAGGGCCAAUCCCACCUUCCAUCACAAAUGCAUCUGCCCUCUUAGUACUUGACAUCAAUUCAAACAAUUUCAUAGGACAAGUUCCAAGUCUGAGGAAGCUACAAGAUCUUCAACGUCUAUCUUUGCCUGUGAACAAUCUAGGUAACAAUUCAACUAAUGGUUUGGAGUUCAUAAAAUCAUUGGCAAAUUGUAGUAAGUUGCAAAUGUUAGCUAUAUCCUACAAUGAUUUUGGAGGUCAUUUGCCAAAUUCCUUGGGCAAUUUAUCCACCCAGCUUAGUCAACUAUAUCUCGGAGGUAAUUGGAUAUCAGGAGAAAUCCCUGCAUCAAUAGGAAAUCUAAUUGGCUUAACUCUCUUGGGGAUAGAAGAUAACCUCAUUGAUGGGAUUAUCCCAAUAACUUUUGGGAAGCUUCAGAAGAUGCAAAAGUUAGACUUAGGCACAAACAAGCUGUCAGGAGAGAUAGGAACCUUUUUAAGAAACCUUAGUCAAUUGUUUUAUUUGGGUUUGGGAGAUAAUAUGUUAGAAGGAAAUAUUCCUCCAAGCAUAGGAAAUUGCCAAAAGUUACAAUAUCUAGGUCUUUGGCAAAACAACCUUAAAGGAACCAUACCCUUAGAAAUUUUUAAUCUUUCCUCUCUAACAAAUGUGUUGGAUUUGUCACAGAACUCAUUGAGUGGGAUUAUACCGGAAGAAGUGGGCAUCCUUAAACAUGUAGAUUUGCUAAAUUUGUCUGAAAAUCAUUUGUCUGGUCGCAUUCCUGAAACUAUCGGAGAAUGCAUAAUGUUAGAGUACCUAUAUUUGCAAGGGAAUUCCUUAUAUGGAAUCAUACCAUCCUCUUUGGCUUCACUGAUUGGUCUAAUAGAAUUAGACCUCUCAAAAAAUCGCUUGUCUGGAACAAUUCCUGAUGUUCUGCAAAAUAUUUCUGUUUUGGAAUUGUUGAAUGUAUCUUUUAACAUGUUGGAUGGUGAGGUACCAACUGAAGGUGUCUUUCAAAAUGCAAGUGGGUUAGGGGUGAUCGGAAAUAGUAAACUUUGUGGAGGCAUUUCAGAACUGCAUCUACCACCAUGCCGUAUCAAAGGUAAAAAACUUGCAAAACACCACAAGUUCAGGAUGAUAGCAAUUUUAGUUAGUGUGGUUGCUUUUCUUGUCAUACUUUCAAUUAUUCUAACUAUCUACUGGAUGAGAAAGAGGAGUAACAAACCAUCUAUGGAUUCUCCAACAAUUGACCAGCUGGCUAAAGUUUCAUACCAAAUCCUACACAAUGGAACUAAUGGAUUCUCGACUACACAAUUGAUAGGGUCUGGAAAUUUUAGCUCUGUCUACAAAGGAACACUUGAGUUAGAAGACAAAGUUGUUGCCAUUAAGGUCCUAAACCUUCAAAAGAAAGGAGCUCACAAGAGUUUCAUUGUUGAAUGCAAUGCACUUAAAAAUAUUAAGCAUCGAAAUCUAGUUCAGAUUUUAACAUGUUGUUCCAGCACAGAUUAUAAAGGUCAAGAAUUUAAAGCUCUAAUUUUUGAGUACAUGAAAAAUGGAAGCUUAGACCAAUGGUUGCAUCCAAGGACUCUAAGUGCAGAGCAUCCAAGAACAUUAAACCUUGAUCAAAGAUUAAAUAUCAUGAUUGAUGUUGCUUUUGCAAUACAUUAUCUUCAUUAUGAAUGUGAGCAAUCGAUCAUUCAUUGUGAUUUAAAGCCAAGCAAUGUCCUUCUUGAUGAUGACAUGAUUGCUCAUGUAAGUGAUUUUGGCAUAGCAAGACUUCUUUCAACCAUUAAUGGUACCACUUCUAAGGAAACAAGUACAAUUGGAAUAAGGGGGACUGUUGGCUAUGCUCCUCCAGAGUAUGGAGUGAGUUCUGAGGUGUCUAUGAAUGGUGACAUGUACAGUUUAGGGAUUCUUAUUUUGGAGAUGCUCACCGGAAGAAGACCCACAGAUGAAAUCUUUGAAGAUGGUAAAAAUUUGCAUAACUUUGUGGAAAAUUCAUUUCCUGAUAAUCUUUUACAAAUUUUGGACCCAUCACUUGUACCUAAACAUGAAGAAGCAACAAUAGAAGAAGAAAACAUUCAGAAUCUUACUCCAACUGUUGAGAAGUGCUUAGUUUCACUCUUUAAAAUUGGACUUGCUUGUUCAGUGCAAUCACCAAGAGAAAGAAUGAAUAUGGUUUAUGUCACUAGAGAGCUAAGCAAAAUCAGAAAAUUCUUUCUCGCUGGUCUGAGAUCAAAUGCCACAGCUAUUUCAGUCAGAAACUGAUGUGUAUGUUGCAUGGUGUACUCUAGUAGAGUUAAAUCCCGGGUGUGAAACUGUUUAAUAAUUUUGCCUCAGUUAUGCACUCGUAUGAUUGCAUCCGUCCAUUCUUCAAGUAACAUAUAUAUCGUAUACUAAAUGGAUGUAAUACUCUAUUUAAGUAGUGAACUUGUUUUUUUUUUUUCACGGAAAAGUAAUGAACUUGUAGUUCCUUUAUUUUUAUUUCCCAUAAGUUCCCAAAUUUUAAUGCAGAGCAUCAAAAUGUUUUCAAA